UGGCCUGGGUGAGUGGAUCCAGUGGAGCACGACAGGACGGGAUCGAGACCGGACUGUCGGCUGGCGCUGCAUCAUUAUGUCUUCCACAUUUGUGUGGAAAUUUACUUGUAAUUGAUAUUUUUUCUCUGGAGUUGACCAAGUCAGAGAACAGGAAAGACCGAGCCCAUCAUUGAAGCUUUCAGGGGUGCGUCCUCGGUUUGCCUCAGGACUUGUCUUGUUGUAGCCAGAUAUUGAUAGCAAGCAGUACUGUUGUGUUGCAGCCGGAUCGGUCUUGUAAGUUCAUCCGUGGACGUAGGCGAAGAUGGCGGACCCGGCCGAAUGCACCAUCAAAGUGAUGUGCCGUUUUAGGCCAUUGAACAGUUCGGAGGUGACGAGAGGGGACAAAUAUAUCCCCAAGUUUCAGGGGGAGGACAGUGUACAACUUGGGGGCAAACCGUACAUGUUUGACCGUGUGUUGCAGUCCAACACGUCGCAGGAGCAAGUGUACGAGGCGUGCGCUCAGAAGAUCGUCAAAGAUGUCCUGGAUGGCUACAACGGUACCAUAUUUGCCUAUGGGCAGACCUCCUCUGGGAAAACGCACACAAUGGAGGGGAACCUCCAUGAUCAAGAUGGUAUGGGCAUCAUCCCCAGGAUCGUCCAGGACAUCUUCAACUAUAUCUACUCCAUGGACGAGAACCUGGAGUUUCAUAUCAAGGUCUCCUAUUUUGAGAUUUACUUGGACAAGAUCAGGGACUUGCUGGAUGUAUCAAAGACCAACCUGUCUGUGCACGAGGACAAAAACAGGGUGCCGUACGUCAAGGGGUGUACCGAGCGAUUCGUAUGCAGCCCUGAGGAGGUCAUGGACACCAUCGAUGAGGGCAAGUCCAACAGGCACGUGGCCGUCACAAACAUGAACGAGCACAGCUCCCGCAGUCACAGCAUCUUCCUCAUCAACGUGAAGCAGGAGAACACUCAGACUGAGCAGAAGCUCAGCGGCAAACUCUACCUCGUCGAUCUGGCCGGGAGCGAAAAAGUCAGUAAAACCGGAGCAGAGGGUGCCGUUCUGGACGAAGCGAAAAACAUCAACAAGUCGCUGUCAUCGCUGGGCAAUGUGAUCUCAGCGCUGGCAGAAGGCACGUCCUAUAUCCCCUACAGAGACAGCAAGAUGACCCGUAUCCUGCAGGACUCCCUGGGGGGCAACUGUCGGACCACCAUCGUCAUCUGCUGCUCCCCCUCCUCCUACAACGAGUCUGAGUCCAAGUCCACCCUCAUGUUCGGACAGAGAGCGAAGACCAUCAAGAACACGGUGUGUCUGAACGUGGAGCUGACGGCCGAGCAGUGGAAGAAGAAGUACGAGAGGGAGAAGGAGAAGAACAAGAGCCUGCGCAGCACCGUCACCUGGCUGGAGAGCGAGCUCAACCGCUGGAGGAACGGCGAGAGUGUGCCGGUGGAGGAGCAGUUCGACAAGGAGAAGGCCCACGCCGAGGUCCAGGCUCUGGACAACGUGGUGAACAACGAGAAGAUGGCGCCCUCGCCCGCGGGGAUCCCGGGGGUGCGGCUCACCGACGCCGAGAAGGAGAAGUGCGAGGCGGAGCUGGCCAAGCUGUACAAGCAGCUGGAUGACAAGGAUGAUGAGAUCAACCAGCAGAGCCAGCUGGCCGAGAAACUGAAGCAGCAGAUGCUGGACCAGGAGGAGCUGCUGGCCUCGUCGCGGCGCGACCACACCAACCUGCAGGGGGAGCUGAACCGCCUGCAGGCGGAGAACGAGGCGUCCAAGGACGAGGUGAAGGAGGUGCUGCAGGCAUUGGAGGAGCUGGCCGUCAACUACGACCAGAAGAGCCAGGAGGUGGAGGACAAGACCAAGGAGUUCGAGGCUCUCAGCGAGGAGCUCAACCAGAAGUCGAGCAUCCUGGCCUCCAUCGACUCGGAGCUGCAGAAGCUGAAGGAGAUGACCAACCACCAGAAGAAGAGGGUGACGGAGAUGAUGUCCUCGCUGCUCAAGGACCUGGCGGAGAUCGGCAUCGCCGUUGGCAGCAACGACAUCAAGCAACACGAGAGCAGCGGGCUGAUAGACGAGGAGUUCACGGUGGCGCGCCUCUACAUCAGCAAGAUGAAGUCGGAGGUGAAGACCCUGGUGAAGCGCAGCAGGCAGCUGGAGAGCGCGCAGGCCGACAGCACCCAGAAGAUGGAGGAGAACGACAAGGAGCUGGCCGCCUGCCAGCUGCGCAUCUCCCAGCACGAGGCGAAGAUCAAGUCUCUGACGGAGUACCUGCAGAACGUGGAGCAGAAGAAGAGGCAGCUGGAGGAGAACGUGGAUUCCCUCAACGAGGAGCUGGUCAAGAUCAGCGCCCAGGAGAAAGUCCACACCUUGGAGAAGGAGAACGAGGUCCAGUCAGCCAAUGAAGUCAAAGAUGCCGUGGAGAAGCAGAUCCAGUCCCACAGAGAGAGCCACCUGAAGCAGAUCAGCAACCUGAGGGAUGAACUGGACACCAAGGAGAAGCUCAUCACCGACCUCCAGGAUCUGAACCAGAAGAUCAUGCUGGAGCAGGAGAGACUGAGGGUGGAGCACGAGAAGCUGAAGACCACCGACCAGGAGAAGAGCCGCAAGCUGCACGAGCUCACGGUGAUGCAGGAUAGAAGGGAGCAGGCCAGACAGGACUUGAAAGGACUGGAGGAGACAGUGGCCAAGGAGCUGCAGACCCUCCACAACCUCCGCAAGCUGUUUGUCCAGGAUCUGGCCACCAGGGUCAAGAAGAGUGCUGAGAUGGACUCUGAUGACACAGGGGGCAGCGCCGCCCAGAAACAGAAGAUCUCCUUCCUGGAGAACAACCUGGAACAGCUCACCAAGGUCCACAAGCAGCUGGUCCGCGACAACGCCGACCUGCGCUGCGAGCUGCCCAAGCUGGAGAAGCGCCUGCGGGCCACGGCGGAGCGGGUCAAGGCCCUGGAGACGGCCCUGAAGGAGGCCAAGGAGAACGCCGCCCGCGACCGCAAGCGCUACCAGACGGAGGUGGACCGCAUCAAGGAGGCCGUGAGGGCCAAGAACAUGGCCAGGAGGGGCCACUCCGCUCAGAUCGCCAAACCCAUCCGGCCAGGACAGCCCCCCGUGGCCUCCCCCACCCACCCCAACGUCCACCGGGCCGGAUUCUUCCAGAACAGCCCGGCAGUGGGCAUCAGAGGAGGCGGAGCCAACAAGCAGCAGGAGAACUGCUGAAGAUAAAACACCAGAACAGAGAGAGACGCAAAGAUCCCCCAGAGACGCUCCCAUUCCAGAACAGUGUCCUGUCACACGGGACGACUACUCCGACACACAAGCUAAACACUACCUACACACACCCGCACGUGGGGUUUACACGUACAAGUCCUGGGUGGGGCAGUUUCUCCCCUUGAGCUCGUUUAGUCUGCCCAGCACAAAAUUGAUCAUGAAAUAAUCAUUAUAAACAUAAACAAACAUGACGAGCAAUCCCGACAAAGAAUUAACGUCUAUUAACACCCAUGGCUCCAUUUUGAUUGCACCGAAUUUGUUGUUCACGUCCUCUGAUUUGAGUCUACUGUGCCAAGAUGAAUGUAACCUUGUGGGUUUACCUGAAGAAAAGAAGAAAAAACACUCAAAGAAAGAGGAAAGGAUAUAGAGGAAGAUUGUCUGCAGGUUAUGGUAAUAAUAAUUAAUGUACUGAAAGUACCCUUCCUGGAUGAGUCAACAAACUUGUUUAAAAGUUAAAGGCUUAUAAAAAAGAAACUACUGUUCUCGCAGUGUGAGCACUGAAUGUGUUUUUUUUUUUUAUAGCUCUUUUUACAUCUUAUUUUUGGGGAUUCAAAUCCUGUAUAGCACAUAUUUUAUCAUUGGCUAGUUCAAUGCACUACUGUAGAAGACAGAACGAUUGGACUGUGAAGAGAGGCGGAUGGCAGGAAGGCAACCAGACGCUUCCCCGCAUCACAGCGGAGGAGCUCAGAAUAUCCAAUCCAAUGUCAGCGCAUGACGAGGAACGUGACUGAGCUACCUCGCCACUCCGCCAGGCGUCUCUGCACAUGCCAGCGCGUACGCCGCACUCCCGCUGGCUCAACGUCCAAGUUACCACAGACGACACAUUAUUUAUAUAUCUGGAUCGAUGGAGGAUGUAUCAGACCUCAUUGUUAAGUGGGAACCAUCAGCCAAAGUGGUAGUGAUCAUUUCUGUGCAAGCAAUCCCUUAAGGGGAUCCUAGUGUGUUCCAAAUCUCCCAGGCAUUGACAUUGUUUGCCCCAUCCUCUGGCCUGUGGAGGGGGGUGGCAGAAGUUCCGUUAGCGGCGGUUAGUGUCCUAUAAAAGAGAGGGGGAUCAUCUCAUAUACUUUCAACCCCUCCCUCUCCAACCCUCCCCAUGUUCCCCUCUUUUUAUAUCAUGUUUGAUUAUUAGAUGAUCUGAUGUGUGCACAUUCAUGUCUUCCAUGUGCCUGCGUCGAGGGGGAUCGUCUUGGUGUUGUUUUGAACUUGUACUGUACUUGGAGUAGUUUUGUUUUUUUGCUUUCUUGCUGUUAGCUAUAUAUUUGAUGAAUUAAUCUGUGUGUCCGAUUCAUUCAAGAGUCACCAAUUCCUCUGUCGCUCCAAACCGAUUAAUCAUGUGAUGGUAGAUUGGGAUAGAACUAGCUGGUCUUGGUAGAGGCGGAAGGGCUCUCAUAAAGGUCAGGUUUUUCCUCAGUGGUUGCCUGUUUGCUUUAGCAACACCUCUGUGCUAUGGCUGGUAGAUACUGUUUAUUUAUGACAGGCAGGCUGACAGAUGGGACUUGUAGUUUUACCUUCUGUAUUUCAUUUUAUACACCUCCACCAAAAUAGUUUUAUCCCACCCCCCCACCACCACCUUUGUUGUUCACUGUUUGUGUGGACGGAGUGGAAAAUAAACUAUCCAAAACCACUCAGGAAGAGAAGCUUUUGUCAUAUUGGUAGCUCCAGGAUCUUGUACAAACUCCUGACUGAUUGUAAAGAUUAACUACUUGGUUGAAAUAAUGUUGUAAAAACCUUAAUUUAAAACUGGUCAAAUACACUAAAUCGGGAGAAACUGUUUUUGUUUUAUUUUAAUGAUUUUUUUGUUCAAUGAAGUUCAAAUUUACCCUGAAGCACUUUGAAAUGUACUUUUAGAACUGAAAGUGAACCCUACCUAAAACAAACCUCUCUCUCUGACAACUGUUUAAAGGAAACAACUGGAUGUCCUCUGGGUUUGGCUUUAGGUGGAUAACUUAAUGAAGUGAUUGGAGCAGAGUUAAUACAGUUCACUCUGCUCAGGACAGCGCUGUACAUGUAUAUGUUUGUGUGUGCGUGUGCGUAACCUUUGGGAGAUUGAUGCAUUGCAGUGUAAAUCCUCCAGAUUUCUGUAGCCUUGGUUCCUCAAGUUUUUACCCUCGAGAUAAAGCCAAUAAAGUCUCAAUGAGA